GGCUGUGUGACCUUCGAGGAUGUAUUUGUAUACUUCUCCUGGGAGGAGUGGGAACUCCUUGAAGAGGCUCAGAAAUUCCUGUAUCGUGAUGUGAUGUUGGAGAAUUUUGCACUGGUGGCCACACUUGGUUGUUGGUGUGAUGCAGAUAAUGAGAAGGCACUUUUUGAGCAGAGCAUUUCAGUAGAAAGACAGUUGGAGAUAAGACAUCCUGAGUCAGAUCUCUUCAUCCAGAAAGCCUACCCAUGUUUUAUGGGUGUCCCACUCUUGAAAGACAUUUUGCACCUGGAUAAACACCAGGGAUCAUGCCCUGUGGAAGAACUGCACAUGUGUGGGCCAUGUGGGAGAGGAUUCUUGUUUAAUGAAAAAUUUUACCAGCCCCAGAAGCUACAGUCUAUAGAGAAUCCCUUCCGAAGGGAUGAUGGAAGGACCUCAUUUAUGAAGACCUGUACACCCUACACACCAGGGACACUCUUUUCAUGCAGGGAAGAAGGGAUAAACUUGCCGGAUAGCUUUGGCUUCUUUCAGCACCAGCCCAAGCACAGUGGAUUGUGUCCAUACAAAAGGACUGAGUACAUGAAGCCUCUUUCACAGAGUUCCAGUCUCAGGAAACACCAAGGAGACCAUGAUCAACAGAUGGUUCACAAUUGGAGAGACAAUCAAAAAACCUUCUUGAACACCUUCACUUUUUUUGACAAACAGAUAACUCAUAAUGAGGGGAGACCCUUGAGAUGCCUACCAUAUGGAGAUGUAUUCAAGGACAAGUCAAUUCUUUUUAAUCACAGAAAAAUUUACAGUGGAGAAACAUCUUUUGUGUGUAAGGAAUGUGGAAAAGCCUUUGUUCACUUGUCCCACCUAAAAAUGCACCAUAAAUUUCACACUGAAAAACAGCAUUACACAUGCAGUGAAUGUGGGAAAACCUUUAGCCGCAAAGACACACUUGUUCAGCACCAGAGAGUUCACACUGGAGAAAGACCUUUUCAGUGUAGUGAAUGUGGGAAAGCUUUCAGUCGUAAAGACACACUUGUUCAGCACCAGAGAUUUCAUACUGGAGAAAGGCCUUAUGAGUGCAGUGAAUGUGGGAAAUUCUUUAGUCAAAGCUCUCACCUUAUUGAGCACUGGAGAAUUCAUACUGGGGCAAGGCCAUAUGAAUGCACUGAAUGUGGGAAAUUCUUUGGCCAUAAAUCCAGCCUCAUUAAACAUCAGAGAGUUCACACAGGAGCAAAGUCUUAUGUGUGCAGCAAAUGUGGCAAAGCCUUCAGCUGCAAAGAUACGCUUAUUCAGCACCAGAUAAUUCACACUGGAGCAAGACCUUAUGAGUGUAGUCAGUGUGGGAAAGCCUUCAGCCGUAAAGACACACUUGUGAAGCAUCAGAAAAUCCACACUGGAGAAAGACCUUAUGAGUGUGGAGAAUGUGGGAAAUUCUUUAGACAUAGCUCCAAUCUCAUUGUACACCAGAGAGUUCACACUGGAGCAAAGCCUUAUGAGUGCAGUGAAUGUGGGAAAUGCUUUAGCCACAAUUCCAGCCUCAUUCUACAUCAGCGAGUUCAUACUGGAGCAAGGCCUUAUGUGUGUAAUGAAUGUGGGAAGGCCUACAUUAGUAGCUCUCACCUUGUUCAACACAAGAAAGUUCACACUGGAGCAAGACCUUAUGAAUGUAGUGAAUGUGGGAAAUUUUUUAGCCGUAACUCUAGCCUCAUUCUCCACCAGAGAGUUCACACUGGAGAAAAGCCUUAUGUCUGCAGUGAAUGUGGGAAAGCGUAUAGCAGAAGCUCCCAUCUUGUGAGACACCAGAAAGUUCACAUUGGGGAAAGGCCCUGUGUGCAACAGUUUUGGUGACUGUUUAGCUGUAUUUCUUAAAUUUGUUUAGCAGCAAAAAUGUCACAUUAGAGGGAGGUCUUACAAAUGCAGAAAAUUUGCUAUUUCCUUUUUCAAGUAAUAGUGCACACAUCAAAUAAAAUCUCUGAGUUCCUUUCGUGAGAGAAUCAUCAGCCUGCAUAUGAACCUUGUAUAUUGUUACAUCUACUCUGGUGAGAUUUCCAGUAGGCACACAUAUGCAUGAUCUUUUCCUGAGGUGUAUAGGAGUUUCUAGACUGUUCGUGACUCCAGAGGUAACAUCACUGCCAGUACCUGUGGCAGAAGCCAUCUUACUGCCACCAAGUCUAUGGAUGAUCCCACCAUUCUGCCCAAGGAAGGCAAUCUCUUCUUGCUCUCCUGUUCCCUACAGGAAAUCAUGAGUGUUCUGGUCCAUUGAGGGACCUCAUUUCUUCCCUCAAUGUUAAGGUCUGAGCUAGGGUCUGCUGAGCAUUUUGAGACAAAUUUUCCCUUGAUGCAACAGUGUUGGCUGUGAACACAAUAGCCAUGACUUAUUUUUCCUACUGCCAAGUCACAAAAUGUUGCAACUACCUAUUCCAUUCUACUGUUUUAUACAGUUAUAAAGGCACUUUAUGUCAUUCUUUUUGCUUUGUUUACUUUGUGGACUGAAUUGAAAAAAAAAAAAUUGGCUCCCGCCAACAUGAAGAGAGGAAUACUUUUUGUGUGCACAACUUAUAUUUGCCUCAGGGGGGACCAUAGGAGUGCAGAGAAUGGUUCUCAGUCUAGUUUACUCUGUGUGUGCUGUUGCCAUUGGCCUGCUAGUGAAGACUGAAGAGUUUUAUGUGCUCUGGUUCUUUGCUCUGGAUGUAAGGCUUUCUUUUUCAUUCUGAGGAAGGAAUAAUUGGUAUGAUUAUCUCUCAUGCUCCUAAAAUAACAUGAGUCAGGUUCCCUAAAUGUCACAUCCUCCAGCAUCUCACAUGUUGAGGGAUUACCAUGUCUUGAACCUGUUCAGGGGCCAGUAUCUUAUAUCCAGCAUCUCACAGGCAAGUGCAUUUACUGUUAAAACAUACAGGGUAAGGCAGGAGUAAUAAUUAUAGAAACAAUGAAAUACUGGAGUGGAUAGGACUGGCAAUCAAAAGAUUUGUACAUUCUGACUGGUUGCCCACAAAUACUCAUGAGUAUGGCUGUGUAGGAUGAGGAUGUAUGGAAAUUCUGAAUCUUUUUAGAUAUUGAUAUUAUUUCCUGUGGCCAAAGCUACUAUCAGAGUAAAUAAGGUUUGUGGAUUUCUGUACCCUCCACCCCAGCAUUGACCUUAUGGCCAUCACUGCAUAGGUGGGGACCACAGAACUGAUAAGAAGGAUAGGGUUUCUCUGAUCCCACCAGCACUCCUAAAUAGGGAAAUGAGUAUGGGACAGCCAAAACAAUUGGCAGAUCUGGUUUUCCAUGAAGGAGGCUUGAAAGAGAUUUCUAUGAGGGAAUGUAUUGUUAUUAAUGGCUUUAUCAGGGUAUGAUUACAUGCAAUACAUUGCAAAUAUGUAAAGUAUAAAAUGUGUGCUGCUACAGCAUGCACAUACAGCUGUGAAACAGUCAUAAUCAAGUUACUGAAUAUGUCCAACACAAAAAAAUAUUCCUUUUAUCGCUAUAAUCCUUCCAGUUCUUCCUAAUUCUUCCAUAUUAACAACAGUAAGCAAGCAUUUUGUAGGAUUUCAUAAAUGGAAUGGUAAUUUUUUUUGAGAAUGAGGGCUUUUUUCACUAACUAUUUUGAGAUUAAUCCAUCUUGUUGCAUGCAUCAGUAGUUUGUAUUGCUGAGCAGUAUUGCACUCUGUGACACAUUUUCAAAUCCAUUGUGUUGUUAAUGGAUGUUUGGGUUGUUUCCAGUUUGGGGCUGUUACAAAUAAAGCUACUGUGUAGAUUUAUGUUCAAGUUUUGAGGUAAUACUUUAUUGUAUAGAUGGGCCACAGUUUGUUUAUACAUUCACUUAUUGAAAGACACAUUAGUUGCUUUCGAGAUUUGACAAUUAUGAAUAAAUCUGCUACAAACUUU